CUUGGACUCAGAGUGGACCGUGUUCAACGCCAGCACAGCUGUGAUCAGGAGGCCACUGUGAGCUGCAGCCUGAGGGCCCCCUGCUGGGCGCCAGUGGUACAGGACACCGUGGCAGCGUUUUGGCCUGGGGGUCUCCUGGGUCGUACGGACAGCUUGAUCCCCUCCUCCUCCCCCCGAAGUAACAAGAAUGGUUCUGGAAACAUUGUAACAGUAAUGAGGAGGGACGUUCACCUCUGGACAUGCCAACCUUUGAUCUCCAUAAAAGCAGCUUGCUUAACGCGCUGCAAAGUGUUUCUCCUGAAUCCGCUCCAGACACAGUGGGAACAAGCGGCGCUGCAUAGUUGUCCUCCACACUGAGGUCAAAAUGAAGACAGGUUACUCUUUCGAGAACGGCGGUCGGCGAGUCUCUUUUACAGAAAAUGGCAUUUGGAGAACUGGGUCUCGGGACUCUCAGGAAGAGAGCGAUGCGGCCGACCACAAAAGUCUGCAUACGUCACCGUUCGGGAAAUAUCACCAGAGCCUUCAGGCCCUCAAACCCUUCAGAUGGGACACGUCACAACCCAACGCAGUGGACAAUGCAGGCUUCCUGGCCUUUUCAACCUUUGCCUGGAUGACCCCAAUGAUGUGGGCCAUGUUCAGGAAUAAGCUCGACAUGAGCUCCUUGACGUUGUCCCCUUUCGAUUCAUCCCACACCAGUGCAGAGAGGCUCCAGAAGCUAUGGGAUGAAGAGGUGGCGAGGGUAGGCCUGGAGAACGCCUCUUUGAUUCGCGUGAUCCUUCGCUUUCAGAGAACCAGGCUAAUUAUUUCCGUCCUAAUUGGAGUUUGUGCCAUGGUGUCGGUGUUUGUGGGCCCAGCUGUUCUGGUGUAUCAGAUCUUGAGCUAUAUCGAGGACCCGACAUCGUCCCAUGUUGGUUAUGGUAUUGGUCUAUGCUUUGGCCUGUUCGCCACCGAGUUCGGCAAAGCCUUCUUUAUAUCCUUGCUCUGGGCCCUUAACCUGCGCACAGCUGUCAGGCUCAAAGGCGCCUUCUCCACAAUCGGCUUUCAGAAAGUCAUCUCUCUGAGGACGCACACCGACAUUUCAAUGGGGGAGAUGAUAAAUGUUUUGACCAACGAUGGCCACAGAUUGUUCGAGGCAGCGCUGUUUGGGAGCUUUGUGUUGUCUACCCCCGUGCUCCUCAUUGGGUGCAUCGUCUACGCAUGCUACAUUCUGGGUGUGACUGCACUAACAGGAGUCGUGACCUACCUCAUCUUCAUUCCAGUACAGCUUUUCAUGGCCAAGCUCAUUAACAUGUUCAGGUGGAAGGCCAUGCUGAUAACGGACAAUCGCGUUCGCACAAUGAAUGAGAUUCUCAACAGCAUCAAGCUCAUCAAGAUGUACGCCUGGGAGGAUUCCUUCGAGAAGAAGAUAGCAGGUCUAAGGAAGACUGAGAAGGAAGAGAUAAAGAGGGUCAGUUAUGUCCAGAGUAUGAACACCAGCAUCACCAGCAUCAUCCCCACACUCGCCACCGUUCUCACCUUCAUUGUGCACACGUCACUGUCCUACAGCCUCAGCACAUCUGACGCCUUUACGACUAUUUCCAUCUUCAACUCUCUGAGGUUCUGCCUUGGUUUGAUGCCUAUGUCUGCAAAGGCUCUGGCAGAAGCUGCGGUGUCAAUAAGACGACUGCAGAAAAUAUUGCUGCUUCAGAAUCCCGACCCCUACCUCAUGCAGAAGAAAGACAAAGACUCAGCCAUUGUGAUGACAAACGCUACGCUCAGCUGGUCCAAAGUCAACAGCCAAACAAGCUCCACACCCGACUCAGCCGGUGCUGCCGCCUCCCAAAAGGAGACCACUGAAAUCAUGCCAACUCUGAAGAAUAUCUCCUUCACAUUACCUAAGGGCAGCCUACUAGGCAUCUGUGGCAACGUGGGAAGUGGGAAGACCUCCUUCAUUUCAAGCAUUUUGGAACAGAUGCACCUUCUGCAGGGCUCCGUCAGAGCCGACGGGACGUUUGCCUAUGUUUCUCAGCAGGCGUGGAUCUUCCACGGGACCGUUCAAGAGAACAUACUGAUGGGGGAGUCGUUCGACCAGGCCAAAUACGACAGAACUCUAGAUGCGUGUAGCCUCAGAGCUGACCUGAAAAUCCUCCCGUACGGCGAUCAAACUGAGAUUGGAGAACGGGGUCUGAAUCUGUCAGGAGGGCAGAAGCAGAGGAUCAGCCUGGCCAGGGCGGUGUAUUCCAAUAAAGACAUCUUCCUCCUCGAUGAUCCGCUGUCAGCUGUCGACGCCCACGUGGGAAAACACAUCUUUGAAGAAUGCAUCAAGAAGGAGCUGAGGGGAAAGUCCAUCAUUCUGGUUACACACCAGCUCCAGUAUUUGGAGUUCUGUGACAACAUCAUGGUCCUGGAAGAUGGGGAGAUCCUGGAAACUGGAAACCACCAGGAGCUGGUGAAAUCUAAUGGACGUUACGCUCAGCUUAUAACUAACUACCAGCUAGAACAGGCCAAAGCUCAGAAAGAAGAGGAGAAAUCAACACGAGACACGGAAGAGAUGAAGGAGGUGGAGCUGGGGGAUCGCAAAGACAGUGGGAUAUCGAACCCAGCAUUCGACAUGUCAGAUGAGAAGGAUGAUGGAUCCCCUAGCGACCAGAAAUCUGCUGUCAAGACUGGUGAUCAGCUUGUCACUCAGGAGUCCUCCACAGAAGGCUCUGUCUCCUGGAGAAUCUACCAUCGCUACUGCCUGGCAGCUGGAGGCUACAUCCUCGUCCUCCUCACCCUGCUCAACGUUAUUCUGAUGAUCGGCUCCACGGCCUUCAGCAACUGGUGGCUCAGCUUCUGGAUAGGGAAGGGUAAUGGGUCAUCCAAUAGUACAACAAACCCGGGAGACGUCUCAGACAACCAAGAUCUAUACAUGUAUCAGACAGUUUACGGUGUGAUGAUAAUCGUCACCAUGCUCCUUGCUGCCCUGAAGUGCUACUUAUACACUCAUGUCACCUUAAAGGCUGCCUGCAAGUUCCAUGACACCAUGUUCAAGAGGAUUAUCUCCAGCCCCAUGAGCUUCUUCGACACGACUCCCGCCGGCCGCAUCCUCAACCGCUUUGCUAAGGAUCAGGAGGAGGUGGACAGCGUGCUCCCCCUCCACAUGGACCCCUUCUUGCAGUUCUGUCUGCUGGUGUCCUGCACCAUACUCAUCAUCUCCAUUGUCUUCCCCCUCAUGCUGGUCGCUGUGCUUUGCAUCGGCGCUUUGUUCACCCUCAUUCUCUUUGUGUUCCAGAGGAGUAUCCGUCAGAUGAAGAGGAUGGAGAACAUCAGCCGCUCGCCCUGCAUCUCCCUCACCACCUCCACCUUGCAGGGCUUGAGCACCAUCCACGCCUACAACAUAAGAGACAGUCACAUAAAACUGUUCAAGACUCUGAACGAUAUCAACUCCAACCACUAUUUGCUCUUCCACUCUGGGACGCGCUGGCUCUCCUUCUGGCUCGACUUCAUGUCCACUCUCAUGACCUUGUUCGUGUCUCUGUUCGUAGUACUCAGCGAUAACAAUGUCAUUGAUCCGGCUUUGAAAGGCCUGGCUUUGUCCUACACCAUACAGUUGACAGGCACUCUUCAGUAUGUGGUCAGACAGUCAACAGAGGUGGAGGCAAGGUUCAACUCUGUGGAGCGGUUGCUAGAAUACAUAAAGAAUUGCAAGUCGGAGGCUCCCCGGCACAUAAAGGAUGCCUCUGUACAAGACGACUGGCCGAAGAGCGGAUCCAUCGCGUUCAAGGACUAUAAGAUGAGGUACAGAGAGAAUACACCCAUCGUCCUUAACAAGCUCAAUUUCGUAAUCCGAGCUGGAGAGAAGCUGGGCAUUGUGGGAAGAACUGGCUCUGGGAAGUCAUCUCUAGGCGUCGGCCUGUUCAGGCUGGUGGAGCCGGCAGGAGGAACCAUCCUGAUAGACGGCGUGGACACUAACAACAUAGGUCUGCACGAUCUGCGCAGCAAGUUGUCCAUCAUCCCACAGGACCCGGUGCUGUUCAGUGGCACAGUCAGGUACAACCUUGACCCUUUUGAUAACUACACGGAUGAGGAGAUCUGGACGGCGCUGGAGCAGACCUACAUGAAAGACAUGAUCUCCAGACUGGACUUGCAGCUGCAGGCACCGGUGCUGGAGAACGGAGAGAACUUCUCGGUGGGAGAGCGACAGCUGAUGUGCAUGGCUCGAGCGCUUCUCCGUAACUCCAAGAUUAUUCUGCUGGACGAAGCGACGGCCUCCAUCGAUGCGGAAACGGACGCCCUGAUCCAGAACACAAUCAAAGACGCCUUCAGUCACUGCACCAUGCUCACCAUCGCCCAUCGCAUCAACACCGUGCUGAACUCCGAUCGCAUCCUGGUCAUGGACAAAGGAGAGGUGGCAGAGUUGGACCCUCCGGAUGUGCUGACGCAUCGACCGGGCUCCAUGUUCUCCUCGCUCCUGGCUGCUGCUAACACGGUGAACACCUGAACGCCACCGGGCCACACAUUACUGGAUUUAUGCAAUAAUAGCUGAUGAUUUACAGAAACAUCAGUGUUCUCAGAUUUUAAUAUGAACUGUUUAGCAGCAGUUCAGAUUAGAAGAUGAUGGAACUACUUAGAUAAUAAUGCAGGAAAUGACUCUCGUAUGGACAUUGUUUUUGUUUUGACAUUAUGAUCUGUGAUAUAUUUAAAAUACACUAUUUAUAGAUUUUUUAUGUGCGCAUGUUUGCGAUCUCCUUUGCAACUCAGUAAAUGAGAGGCUCAGGUAUGUGCUACAUACUGUAUGCAUUAUGUUGUGUUGUUUGAUAUCAAAAACGUAUAUAUAUAUAGAUAAUGUGACUGGAGUCACACGGAUGCUGACACAGACACGAGCAAUAAAUUGUGGAAAUGUUUACGUCAAAAACAUUUUCUUCAGUGUGAAAGAUGUUGUUAUAGUAUAAAAGGUCUUAGUGAUUGAAAAGGCCUUAAUAAAAACUUCAAACUACUGUUAGCGUUGUACUGAAUGAAUAAAACACUGCUCAUUGCUUA